GCUUUAGAACAUGGAACGGAUAUACUAAAAUCGGCUGUUACGCAAUCAGGUUCAGAGUCUGCCGCCAAGAGCUUUCUUCCUUGCGCUCCAUCGUUCUCAGCAUCUCAAAAUGAUUUCGAGGCAUAGGAGGGUGUGAUUAAUGGAUCUGGUUCUGCUUAUGCGUAGUCUCUGGUGGCCAACGAGGAUUUUCAGCACAUUUUGCGUGUGCUGAACACCAACGUUGAUGGGAAGCAAAAAAUAAUGUUUGCCCUGACCUCCAUCAAGGGUAUCGGUAGGCGAUUUGCCAACAUUGUCUGCAAGAAGGCUGAUGUUGACAUGAACAAGAGGGCAGGAGAACUAACAGCAGCUGAGCUUGAUAACCUAAUGACGAUAGUUGCAAACCCGAGGCAGUUUAAGAUACCAGACUGGUUCUUGAACAGGCAGAAGGACUACAAGGAUGGGAAGUAUUCACAGGUUGUCUCUAAUGCUCUGGACAUGAAGCUAAGAGAUGACCUUGAGCGCCUCAAGAAGAUCAGAAACCACCGUGGUCUGAGGCACUACUGGGGUCUGCGGGUGCGAGGCCAGCACACCAAGACCACUGGCCGCCGUGGUAAGACUGUUGGUGUCUCCAAGAAGCGUUGAAGAGUUGAGGGUUUUUUUUUGUGUGGUCAUAUAGGUGGCAGAAGAAGAGGGUUUCUAGUGCUGAGUAUCUUUAGCUAACACACUAUUCUCAAUAGACUUGGUAGGUUUUUCUGGUGCUCUUUUUUUUGGUUAUAUGAUUGAAUCAGUAUCUUCAUGUCACAUGCCAUGGAUACGUGUGUUUAUAUUUUCCUUUUGGGGUUUUGAUUGUCUUCCGGAACAAACCCCUUUAAUGAAAAUGGUAUCUGUAUCUCGAUAAUGCAAAUGAAAGUUGAUCCCAUA